AUGGAAGCCCAGCCUUCGCCUGACGAUGCUUUUGCACCCUGCUGCAGAUCAUUGAGGCGUAGCGAUCCACCCAGUAUACUCACUUACUUCUUUAGUCCCGAAAACUUAACCCGUAACCCACUUUCAGCUCUGAAUAACUGCUGCUACGUGAGUAUUGAUAGAGCAAUGGUUCCUUGCAUGAUCGAAGUGACUAUGCUUGGCCACGGAAAAUUACCUCAUUACUUCAUCCCCGUACCGCCAAAUAUUCAACCUCAGUUUCCAUCAGUAGGAGAGUUUGUGCAAUGGACUCUUCAGACGCACCCAGGGAAUCAAAAUAUGAUGGAUGUCGAGUCUUUUUCGAGGGGACUUCCAUUUUUCUGGGAGUGCUCCGGGGAAAUGUAUGGAGUUGGACUUCCUCAUCUUCAGUACAAGGCUGUUGUUUUGACAGCCCCUGUGGGUGCUAAACUUGUGCAAUAUUCUGAUUGGUGGGUUUCUCUGACAUACGAUGUCGUAAAUCGAGGCAGAGGCAGAGGUACAGGUUGA